AUGGAACACAAAUGCACCUUGUGGUAUGUUAAAGAUAACGGAACACCUAUUGAACGGUUUAUGUGCUUUUUGCCUAAUAGUGGACAUAAAUCUGAAGAACUUACUGAUGAAGUUAUGACUACAUUAUCUCUUUAUGAUCUUUAUCCAGUAUUUUCACGUGCACAAUCUUAUGAUAAUGCAAGUAAUAUGGCUGGUGCAGAUAAUGGCUUACAAGCCAGAAUUAAAUAA